GAGGUCAGGGGUUGAACUGUAAAACCUCCGAUUAGGGACAUUGUAGACGUGCAAAGAGCGUAUAAUAGGUACACGAGUAACUGCUGGAAUUUUCGACUCGAAACGACUCCUUAGCGUACGGCCACUCAGCAAAACUUUAUACGUUUGAAGAUGACAUCUAGGAAGAAGGUAUUGCUGAAAGUUAUCAUCCUAGGAGACUCGGGGGUGGGAAAGACAUCCCUCAUGAAUCAGUAUGUAAACAAAAAGUUCAGUAAUCAAUACAAAGCCACAAUAGGUGCAGACUUUCUGACAAAGGAGGUGAUGGUGGAUGACAGACUAGUUACAAUGCAGAUCUGGGACACGGCAGGUCAGGAAAGGUUUCAGUCCCUUGGAGUAGCCUUCUACAGAGGAGCAGAUUGCUGUGUUCUGGUAUUUGAUGUGACGGCACCUAACUCAUUCAAAACCUUGGAUAGCUGGAGGGAUGAAUUUCUCAUUCAGGCCGGUCCCAGGGAUCCUGAAAAUUUCCCCUUUGUUGUUUUGGGAAACAAGAUUGACUUAGAAAAUAGACAAAUUGCUUCAAAACGAGCACAAGCUUGGUGUUUCAGCAAAAAUAACAUCCCCUACUUUGAGACCAGUGCCAAAGAAGCUAUCAAUGUGGAACAGGCUUUUCAGACAAUUGCAAGAAAUGCUUUUAAACAGGAAGCAGAAGUGGAACUUUACAACGAAUUUCCUGAACCCAUUAAACUAGACAAAAAUGUGCAAGCAAAGCCAUCUGCAGAAAGCUGUAGCUGCUGAGAUGUAUUUGGGUGGAACAGAUUCCUUCACAUACCAAUAUUUCACUUGGGCCGUCUAACAGAAUUUCUUGUCAAAUAAACUAUAAUAAAUAAAUUACCCUAUAUAUGACUAACAUAUGCCUUAUCCAGUACAUAAGUUCAAGUUAUCCUAUCUGUCUAUCGAUAACCAAACUAUUCAUUAGUAAAAUCAGUUCUGAUGUUUGCUGUAAUGUUCAAUUGAAAAAUACCAUUACUGUGAAUUGAAACUUUAAAAAAAUUUUAAACCUGUGUUUUUUCCCUUACCACUUGUAAGGGAGAUUCAAACAGGGAGAUUGAUAACUACUACCAGUCUGUCCCAAUUAAGUUAUUCUAUUUUGUAUGUAUUUUAAUGUUUGUUACUUUUAACUAAUUGGGUGUUUUUACAGCACCUAUUUACUACCAUGCUGUACUUAAUGCCUGCCUUUCUUAAUGGUACAUUUUAAUAUUUACAGUCAUUUAAAAAUGUGUAUAUCUUUGAAAGAGUACAUUCUUGGAUUGUAACAGUGUUUAAAAUGAGAAGAGAAUUUUGUUCAUUGUGAUGUAAUAGCAACAAGGAAUUUUAAAGUUUGGAGGCCAGGAAACACAAUUAUUUUUCACUUUCUUAAAAGGGUGUCUUUUGCCUUUGGAUAUGGAAAUUUUCAAAUUAUUAUUUGAACAGUUUGCUGAUGUAAUUGCAAAAAGAAGACAUUUCCACGAAUUACGAUUCUCUUCUCUGCUGCUUAAAUUGUGAUUAUUACAUCAGUAUUCAACAGAGGACUUAGUGGGAGAAACUUUUUAUAUUUUUUAGGGCUUUACUAUAUGUUCUACACUUUUUCUUUGUAGGUUGUGGUAUUUUCUUGUUACAGAAACUAUUCCUCAUCUUUUCCCUAGCAUUGCCUUUCAUCUGACUUUUCAGUGAAAAAAAUCAGUUUUCCUGUAAUGCAGCUGUUCGAUUCUUAAAUUUGUCUCUGUAUUUUCAAGAAGUGUAUGUUCUUUAAAAGUGGGUCAAGCUCUUCUGUAAAAAGACCUACAUGAUAUUAAUAAAAUGUAAUAAAUUUAAAUCUUA